AUGGAGACAGUGUUUGAAGAGCCUGAUGAAGAGAGCAGACCUAAAGUUACAUCUCUGAGAGAAAGAAUGGCCCUUGAUCAGGGAGCCCAAGUAAACUUUCCAUUUAGUAUUCUCUUCUCAACUAUUCUCUACUGUGGUGAGGCUGCCUCUGCCUUGUAUAUGUUUGAAAUUUAUCGAAAUAAUAAUGAUAUAUUCUGGAUGUCAUUUACCAUUGGCUUUAUUGUUGUGGGAGUAGUUUUGGAUCAAGUUACACUUAUGUUUUUCUACAAAGACUCAACUAGAAAUAAGGCUGUAUUGCUUUUUGCACACAUUUUGCUUUUAGGACCUAUAGUGAGGUGUCUGCAGACCAUUAUAAAUUACCAAAAAGUGUUGAAAAAGCUUACUCAGGUGAAAAAAGGGUCUCAAGUUAGCAUCAAAAGAAGAAAGAUGAUGAUGGAAAGGGAGAUUGUUCACUCAAUUCAUGGUGUUUUUGUGCAGUGCAAGGCUUUCAAGUAUAUGUCAAUCAUCCAGGCCUUUCUUGGUUCCAUUCCACAAUUAACAUUUCAGCUAUAUAUCACUCUCACUAUAAGAGAAUGGCCUUUGGAAAGAGCAUUGUUGAUGACAUUUUCCCUAAUGUCAGUUACUUAUGGGGCUAUUCACUGCAAUAUAUUGGCCAUCCAGAUCAAAUAUGACAAUAAUAACAUUAAGCUACAUCCAAUAGAAUUCAUCUGCAUCAUGAUCUGGCGUUGUUUGGAGAUUACCUCACGUGUAGUGACUCUGGUACUUUUUGCCACGUCUCUGAAACUGAAGAGCCUACCCUUUUUAUUAAUCACAUUUUCCAUAUCACUGUUGGCACCGUGGCUGGAGUUUUGGACAAGUGGAGCUCAUCUUCCUAGCAACACUACAAAAAAAUUCAAUCCAGUGGGUACAGUACUGAUACUUAUUGUGAUCACUCUACUAUAUGCUGCAAUCAACUUCUCCUGCUGGUCAGCAGUGAAACUGCAAUUGUCAAAUGAGGAAGUAAUUGAUAAGACACAGAAGUGGGGUCAUAGAACCCUUCACUACAGCAUUCGGUUAUUAGAAAAUGUAACAAUGAUAUUGGUAUUUAAGUUUCUUGGUGGGAAAUCUUUAUUGAAUUGCUGUGACUCAUUAAUUGCCACACAGCUCAUUAUAACUUAUUUAUUAUCAAUUGGUUUUAUGCUUCUCUUCUACCAGUAUUUGCAUCCAGGAUGGUCAGGCAAAGCAUUAUCAGAACAUACAGAAAAUGAGCCUGAACCAAUGUGAUUUUACAUAAACUAAAGAGGAAAUUCAAUUCAAAGAAUAAAAAUUAGUAACUGAAAAUUGACUUUUACUUCUGGAGUAAGAUUGGGUAUGUUUUUCAUUAAAGAAAAAAUUAGUUCUGCAUUAGAAAAUAGAUUUCCAUAGAAAAGUAGUCAAACAUGCUGAAUUUUACUUUAUUUAAAUACACCAAACAUAAAAUAUACCAAAUUUCCUUUCAUUUAUAACAAAAUAUUUUAAUCAGUUGCUAAUAAAAUUUAUUUUUCUCCUGUGAAUCAACAGUACUUUGAACUAUUAUUACUGCCAAGCAAAUGACUUGGAAUAUUUUUUUUCUCAAAUCUAAUUAUAGACAGCAAAAACAAACAAACAAACAAACAAAACACAACAAACAAAACCUGUAUCUUGUUCCAAAAGCUGAUCAGGACAAAUACACAUAAUUCAUUUUACAUUUAAGACACUGAAAAAUACUGGAGAUUUAUCAAUGACAAGUUAGACAUUUCCAGACAAAAAAAGAGAGUCAGUUGUAAUCAGAAAAAAAAAUACCAUAUGGCAAAAGAAAUAUCAGGAUACUACAAUGUGAUAUAUAAAUGGACUUGGAAAAUAAAAAUGCUUUCAAGAUAAGGUAAUAUUUAAUUAGAAUGUCAUGAACAGAAGAGUGUGUAAAUGUUUUGGGCAGAGAGAAAGUAGAUGGUAGAAAUGACAUAUGAAAGAGAUAACUCCUCUCUGGGAGACUCAGUUGGUUAGAGCAUCCUGUAGUACAUAAAAGGUUGCAGGUUUGAUUCCUGGCCAGAACACAGAUCUAGGUCAAAGUUGAGUCCCUGGCUCAGGCAUAUAUUGGAGAC